AUGACUUCUAGAAUACAACGCAUUAUUGUUACAUUAAAAACGUACGGUGCAGAUCACUGUGACUUAGAGACUAUGUUUUUAAACAUAGGAGCCUUGCUGCGACUGGUCAGCGUUAAUAUUUUCAAAAAUAAUCAAAAACGUAUCCACAUCAUUUCCCACAUUUUUGUCGUCAUUGCUCUCUCUUGCUACAUAAAAAGAAUCCAAACUCUGGUGGACAGCUAUUUACAAUUUGACGCUAUGAAGCCUCCUGGACAAAGCUUUGCUAUUAACCUGAGAGUAAAUUUAAGGAAAAUAAAGAAACGUGUUAUAUUCAUAUGGUCAGCGUUGAUUAUUAACGGUAUAGCAUACAUUGUUAUACCCUUAGUGACACCUGGAAGACACUUCCCAGAAGACUUAUUUGUAGUUUACGGCUUGGAACCAAUGUUUGAAACUCCAAAUUUUGAAAUUGCUAAUUUUAUGAUGAACAUUAGCAUAGUUUUUAGUGUGUUUUCCUUAGCUAAUGUAACGGCACUUAUACUUAUCCUUGUUGGUUAUACUGAAGCACAAAUGUUAACUCUUGGUGAAGAAAUGUUAAAUCUAUGGGACAAAGCUAAUCAAUACACAGAUGCAACAACAAAAAUUGAAAACGUAAAUAUAGAAGAUAUGAAAAAUAUGUUUGUUAAAACCCAGCUUGCGCAAAUAGCUCAUUUACACGUAGUGAAUAUACAAAAUAUAAGAAAGCUAGAGUAUACAUUUCGUUUAUCAAAAGCGUUGGAAUUUUUGAUCGGUAUGAACUCCAUAAUAACUGAACUGCUUGGAGGCAUUGAAAACACAUUCAUACAGAUGCCUUACACGUUUGCAUUAAUUUAUAUAGACUGUGUUGCUGGUCAGAGGUUGAUAGAUGCUUGUGAGGUUUUUGAAGAAGCUGUCUAUAGCUGCAAUUGGGAGAACUUUAACGUUGAAAACAUGAAGACUGUGAGCAUAAUACUGCAGAAUUCUCAAAAAACUUUGACCUUAACGGCUGGUGGCAUAGCAGUCCUGGAUUAUACUUGUAUGGUGUCGUUUUUUAAGUUCUGUUACUCAAUGUAUACUACUUUAAGGAUGGUGGUUGAUUAA